GCUUCUCUGCCUGUCAUUUGGCCUAACCAGAGGACAAAUGUCCUCAUCCAAUUAUUGCACAACCGUCAACAAUCAGCAGGGCCAAUGUAUCCAAGCCAUUGAUUGUCCAGGACAACAAUAUGACGGAUGUUCGGAUAGACGAGAUUUCGUGUGCUGCGUAGAUGAAGCUAACUAUGAUGGUCUAAGACAAUUAAAUCAAUCGGAUAUAUGUGGAAGUUUCGGAGAUGAUAAAGUCAAAAAUGGUUUUGAGGUGGCAGUUCAUUCUCGUCCUUGGAUGGCUUUGCUCACAGGCAGGGAUACAAAUGGUGUGGAAACUGUUUUAUGUGGUGGCACACUCAUAACUCCACGUUUCGUUUUGUCAUCCGCUCACUGUUUCAUGGAUCAUAGAUAUAUAAACUAUCAUGUGAGAUUGGGCGAACAUAAGAUAUCUGAGAAAAAAUAUUGCAGUCGAAAAAUUUGUGAGAAGCCUCAUGAAAAUAUUGAAGUUAAAAGAAUUAUAAAACAUGAGCAUUAUCAUCCGCGUUUGGGUUUAAAUGAUAUUGCUCUAGUGGAAUUAAACAAGGAAGUGAUAUACAAAGCACACAUAAGGCCCAUAUGCCUACCUAUAUACAAAAAGUUGAGGGAUCUGUCGUAUACUAUGAAAUUCUUUAAAGUCACCGGUUGGGGUAGAACUGAAGUGGGCAAUUCGUCUGAUGUUCUAAAAGAAGUCAUAUUACCACGGGCCAAUCACAAUUUAUGCGCUAAGGAAUAUGCCCUUAAAAGAAUCAUUGGAAAGAAUCAACUAUGUGUGGGAUUUAAAGAUAUAGAAAAAGACAGUUGCGAAGGAGACUCUGGUGGUCCAUUAUUUACUGCCUACCCCUACUAUAGAGGACAGCGAUUCAUACAGAUGGGAAUCGUAAGCUAUGGACGGCAAUGUAGUAGUGUAGCAGCACCGGCUGUAUACACAAAUGUUGCUCGGUAUGUGCCAUGGAUUAGUCGUAUGAUAGUUGCUUAAAAAGCUGCUUAGGCGAACUAGAGUUCGUUGGAACUAGAAAAAGUAUAAUAACUUAAGUUUUAGCUAAUAAAAGUUAAUAUA